CAUCAGAACUAGACCAUGGAGCAGUGUAAGAAUGUUGCCUGGUCUGAUAAAUCAUGUUUUCUUUUAGAUCAGGUGGAUGGCUUGGUGCGUUGUUUACCUGAGGAAGCAAGAUGCACUAGAGGAAUGCCAGAAUGCUGGUUAUUUUACCAAUAUCCAGAAGGGUCCAUGGCUCACCUACUGACCAAGUCAUGUUUUGGGAGAGGAGUAACCGCUGCCCCACCAUGCUCUGCUCUGCUCAGAGCUUACAGUGCAGGAAACGCAGACACAGAACACCUGCACAAGAGCAUUGUUCCUACAAUGCACUUCCAGAAAAGCCUUCCAAGGUUACCCAUUCCCAAACUUGAAGAUUCUAUAAAAAGAUACUUGAACGCACAGACACCUCUUCUGGAUUCUGAACAAUUCAGGAAGACUGAGCAGCUGGCGAAGAGCUUCCAGAAUGGGAUCGGAAAGCAGCUUCACGAGGAACUGGUGUUGCAAGACAAACAAAACAAGCACACGAGUUACAUUUCUGGUCCCUGGUUUGAUAUGUAUUUAUGUGCUCGCGAAUCCAUUGUGCUGAAUUCUAAUCCCUUCAUGUCCUUUACCCCUGACCCAAGACCAGAAUAUAACAACCAGCUCAUCAGAUCCACUAACAUGGUUGUGUCUGCUAUGCGAUUACUAAAGACUAUUCGAGCAGGUUACCUUGAACCUGAGAUUUUUCACCUUAAUCCAGCUAAAAGUGACACACAGAGAUUUAAGAAACUCAUCAGAUUUGUGCCAUCAUCACUGUCCUGGUAUGGAGCAUACAUGGUGAAUGCUUACCCAUUAGAUAUGUCACAGUACUUUCGACUUUUUAAUUCGACUCGUCUGCCGAAACUUAACCGUGAUGAACUGGUGACAGAUGAGAACGGAAAGCACCUGUUGGUGUUAAGGAAUGGGAAUUUCUAUGUGUUCGAUGUCUUUGACAAAGAUGGGAACAUAGCAAAGGCUUCAGAGAUCCAGGCCCACUUGCAGUAUAUCCUAUCGGAUGCCACCCCUGCUGCAGAGUUUCCUGUGGGAUAUCUCACAAGUGAAGAAAGAAACACAUGGGCUGUUUUAAGACAGAAGCUUCUUGAAAAUGGAAAUGAAGAGACCCUGAAAAAAGUGGAUUCUGCUGUGUUUUGCUUGUGUCUCGAUGACUUUUCCAUAAAGGAUCAUAUCCACUUGUCCCACAAUAUGCUCCAUGGAUCAGGUAUGAACCGAUGGUACGACAAGUCCUUCAGCAUCAUCAUGACGCAAGAUGGGACAGCAGCUGUGAACUUUGAGCACUCUUGGGGAGAUGGAGUUGCUGUCCUACGGUUCCAGAAUGAGGUGUUCAGGGAUAGCACCCAGAGACCUGCAAUAUCACCUCAAAACGUCCCAGCUAAAGUGGACUCCAGCCAAGCUGUAAAGAAACUUGUCUUCCACCUUGAUGACUCUUUGAAAUCUGCAAUCUCAACCGCCAAAGAAACGUUUGAUGCAACUAUGAGCUCGCUCACCAUUGCGUCUAUGGAAUUCAAAAGAGGUGGAAAAGAGUUCUUGAAGACCCAGAAGCUCAGCCCAGAUGCUGUAGCCCAGCUCUCCUUUCAGAUGGCAUUCUUCAGGCAAUAUGGGCAGACCACAGCCACAUACGAAUCCUGCAGUACAGCCGCUUUCAAACAUGGCCGCACCGAGACCAUCCGUCCAGCAUCCAUCUAUACCAAGAAAUGCUCUGAGGCUUUUGUAAGGAAUCUUUCAAAACACAGCGUGGGCGAGCUCCGUAGCAUGUUACAGGAAUGUUCAAAAUACCACGGGCAACUCACCAAAGAGGCUGCAAUGGGCCAGGGAUUUGACCGUCACCUUUUUGCCAUGCGAUACCUGGCAGCAAGCAAAGGGCAGAGUCUCCCAGAAUUGUAUCAAGAUCCUGCUUAUGCUCGGAUUAACCACAAUGUCCUCUCCACCAGUACUCUCACCAGCCCAGCUGUCCAGUUUGGGGGGUUUGCACCAGUGGUAGCAGAUGGAUUUGGGGUGGGGUACGGCAUGCAGGAUGACUGGAUGGGUUGUAAUGUCUCGGCUUACCCAGCUCGUGACGUUAGGCAGUUUGUGCAGUGUGUGCACCAGUCGCUAGAGGACAUAUUCAAAGUUCUGGAAGAGAAAUCUGUGAAAAGCUAAACUAAAUGGCAGAUCAGAUACAGUAAUAUACAGGUUACGAAUCAUGAUGAUAUUGUCAGUUGUUUUACUCUGUUUUCAGCUGACAGAGCCUCUCUUACUCAGGUGAUGUGCAAAUCAAUCUUCAAAUAUCACAUACAUCAGGGCUCAAAAUUUUCACUCCUUGCUAGCCGAUAGCAGGUGUACAAAUUAGCCCUGGUGAAUGUGCCAUGAACCCUUUAGGCUUGCAGUGGUGAAUAACGUUUAUGGCCUGGCUGGCAGUGUGGGACUCGAAAUUUUAAGCCCUGCAUAUUUAAACCCAGUUGACCUUAACCCCUUAAGGACAC